UUUAAUUUUUUGUUAUCUUGCAGGUCGAACAAUUGGAGUCUCAAAUACGUGAACUUACACAAAAACUCAGCGAAUCGAAUGCUAAGCGCGACAAAUUUGAAAUGGAGCUGAAAGCUUCAAUUGACAAAAUAUUUGUUUUGCGUGAAAUUAUCACCGAGUUAGAGACACAAGUGGAGACAAAGGCGCUCAAUGAACAUGUGCUGAGUGAGAAGAAUAUGCAAUUGGAAGAUUAUAUAAAUACCCAAACACGCUCAAAUGAGACGUUACAGCACGAGGUGCAUAGUUUGAAAUUAGAAAUUGGCGAAGGUUAUCAGGAGCGUAUACGAUUUCUAGAGGAGAAAUUACAAAACAUGCGCCCAUCUGCAGAGCAGAGCAUUGUGUUAGAUCAAGUGGUAGAGCAGCUUCGCGAUAUUGAGAAUAUCCUUGACCAGAAAACCAAAAAUCUUGAAUCAGUGCAUCAUUCAAUAUCUUCAAAUGCCAAUAGCGCUACUGAGGACGUAUCUGUAAAUGGCGCACGUCCAGCCAACUCAUUGCCAUCAACAGGUGGAACAAAUAAUCCAUCAAUAACCACAGUGCCAACUCUAGGCUCACCGCUACAUCCUUCGCCACGUCAACAUUCGCUCACCAUGGAGGGCGUUCAACGUAUUGCCGACAGAGUCGCCAAACAUACACGCGUCGAGGAGGCAGCCGUUAAACGUAUACGGGAUUUGGAAAUGCAAGUCACUCAAAUACGUGGUUCCUGUGUGGAACUGCAGCAUGAACGUGAUUCGUUACAGGAGCGUAUGUCUGAGCAAAAACAGAGGAUCUCUACACUGCAAUCUCGCCUCGAAGAGCAAAGAAAGCGUGCAAUGGAGCUACAGCGGGUUGGUUCAGCUGACUUAAAUGUGCGUAUUCAUGAUUUACAAACCGAAAUCCAAAAUCUGCGCGAGACACUUUCUGUACGCGACAAGCAGAUCGCUACAAUGAAGCAACAACUGGAAAAGAGCAAAGUUGCAAUAGACCGCCUUGAAGCAGAGCUGGCAGUGGAGCACCAACCGGACCGCAGUAUUGUGGAACGCUUGGAGGCUGAGUUGAAACAAAAAAAUGCAAGCAUACAACUGCUGAAGGAGAAGAUUAAGAACGAGAUGAUAAACAAGUUGGCAUUGCCUGAUUUAAUGGAGACAAUGUUGGCUGAUAAGAAUGAGGAGAUCGAUCAUUUGAGAGAACAAUUGGAGUCGAAGGAGAAAGAAAUACAGGAACUCAACUCGAGUCAGGCAUCCAGUUUGGGCGCCGGCUUUGGCGGUAAGAGUGGCAAAGAAGAAGUGAGCACAAAGUUGAGUGCUCGCACUCUGAGUGACAUUGUGUCCAUUAGCGAUUUCGAUGAGCCCGAUGUGAUGCGGCGCGCAGCUGUAGUCCAGGAGACAACGCCGAUACAGUUGCCAGAGGGUAACCGCGGUUUCGGUAUUCACACAGUGAAUACUUCAAAGCAAGCAGUAGCGAAUUUGACGCAGAAACGUAGCGAGGAUUUGUCUGGAUUUGUUGCGUUACGUCCAGCCAAUACUUUUGAGAAUCCGCACUACUUUCAAGACCCAAAUGUCCUUACAUUGACGGGUCAGUCGGCGGCAACGGCUACGCCACCCAUGGUGCCGCGUCAAAUUAACUUUUCCGCAUUGACUGAAGACUCAAAGUUGAAAACGCCUGGCUUGGAAAUAUCAGCAGUAGAGAGAAAGGGUGUUGAAGAAAAAGAAAUGUACCAGAAACUAGAGCAUGAGGUUGCUGAGCUAAGAGAAAAGCUGCUAUUGGUUUCUACUGAGAAAGAGAAAGCAAUUUGUGAAAAGGAUCAAGAAAUGCAAGCCAUGGAAGAAGAGUUAGUUGCUACACAAGUCCGAUUAGGCGGCCUUCAGCAUGAGCUGGAGCAACGGCAAACUGAAAUAGAGGAGUUAAAAAAGGACGAACAAAAGUGUUUGAAUUAUCAAACAGAAAUCGCUGAAAAAACCGCAGAAAUUGAACUGCUGCUAAGCUCUCAGGAACGUUUGACCAAAGAAAAUAAGGAACAGCAAGAACGAUUGACUAAAGGCGAAAAGGAGUUGCUUAACUAUAAGGAUAAUGACCAGCGCUUACAAAGACGUAUUACGGAGUUGGAAGAGAAAAUACUGCAGUCUACGGAGCACGAAGUGAACGAGCGCGAGAGUUUGCGUAAAGAGUUGAGAACGCUAAGUGAAAUUCAUGAGCAGUGCAAGAAUACAGUGCGUGAAUUAGAGAUGCGCAAGCUAGACAUUUCCAACCUAAACGAGCAACUCAAAGCCAAGGACCAGCGCUUACAUAUGAUAACUAAUAAAUUGAUACAAGCAGAUGAGAAUGUCAGCGAGCUUCAGCAGAAACUGUCUUCACUGGAGGAGGAGGUGGAACGCUUACGCCAGCAACCUAACAGCGAUAACAGCUCAAAACAGUAUUCGGUUGAUGAAAUUGCACAACAAGUCGAAAAAGAGCUGAAUUAUUCAGUACAACUAGACUCCAACAUAUUGCGCGCUAUUGAAAGUGAGGAAGAAAACAAUUUAGACCGCAAGAGUCGCGAUAAGGCAUCGCAAGAACCCCAUAAGACUGAAGCGCAAGGCACAGAUGAUGAGAAUUUCACAGGAGAACGUGAGCUGUUAAACCAGUUAGAGGUUUUGAAGGCGCAAAUAGCCGUAGAACAUGAGCAAAACGAAGAAAUGCGCCAAGAGUUGCUGACUGAGAAACAGCACUCGCAGGAAAUACAAGAACAGGACGUCCUGAUUAUUGAGGCGAUGCGCAAGCGACUCGAAACUGCGCUGGAAAAAGAAGACGAGCUUCACAAGCUGUUAGAUAUCGAACGUGAGCGUUGCGAGCGCGUGCACACACAGUUGACCGCCAUGCAGCGUGCUGAGUCGCGUCGGAAUUCAUUGCUGCUUAAAUCGCCAAGCGAUUCACCGCGCAAAUCACCACGCUCGCUGGGCACCGAUUUCGAGUCAGAAUUAGCAGAGCGAUUGAGAAGUGAAAUCAAGAUGUUAACAGCACAAAAUGAGCGGGAGCGCGAACGUUGUGUCGAUGCACAACGUUCCAGUGAACGUGAGCGUCAACGCCACGAAAACGAGCUGCAGGAACGUGUUGAGUACUGUGAGAAGUUGAAGCGCGAAAUGGAAAAGUUGGCGCGCGAUAAAGAUUCGGCUGAACAAGAGAGCGAGCACUUGCAGGAGCGUCUCAUCUUACAGACACAGGAGAUUGAGAGUUUGGAAGCUAGACUUGCGACUUUACAAGAAGCAGAAACGCGUCGUACUACGCGACGCGAUCGCCAACAAAAAGAAAGUGCGCAAUUGCUUGGUGAAAUACAGGAAGUUAAGUCAUUGCUCUUGGCCACCGAGACGGAACGGGAUAAUCUGCUGAAGAGCAUCACGCAGUUACGCUUCGAUGUCGAGCGUUCGGCGCAGCGUGAAGCCAAACUAGCCGAAGCGCUUGCUAAUGCAAAUAUUAGUGCCGCCGAAGCCUCUGUGCCACAACAGUUUCUGCAAAAGAUGAAGGAGAUUAACGCCUUGUUGGCAGAGAAUACUCAAGAGAACCGACAAAUGGCCGAGACUGUUCAGUUCCUCGUUGAGGAGAGACGUCAACUACAGAAGAAAUGUGAAGAGCUCGAAGCACAGCUAGGUGGUACGGCGAAUGUGGCGGAUCUCGAGGAACGCUGCAAUCAUCUGUUGGGUCGCUAUUUGCGGGUUGAGUCACAUCGCAAGGCGCUUGUAUACCAGAAACGUUACUUGAAAAUUUCAUUGCAAGGCUAUCAGGAGAGUGAACAACGCGCACUGGCCGCGCUAAAUGGUGGACACAUUAUGCAAGCGCAGCGCAACUGCAAGAUGUUAUUCAAGACUGUCGCUUUGGCCGUUGUCGCCAUUCAACGCAUGAAAUAUAUUGGCCGCACCUGGCGCACCGGCAAGCGGAUAGUAUCGAAAUCUGUUUUUACAAUAACACAGCAAAAACCGCCACAGCCGCCAAUGCUUACAUGCGCUGCUGUCCAUUCAACGUAUCCGAAGUCUCCUCCAACAAUGCCAUUCUACAAUCCGCCUAGUCUGAUGCGGCCCAGAGACCGUUCAUUUCAGUCACUGAAGUCGCCAGCGCUGGUCCACGACUGUAUGAAUGGUGAAGGUGCCGAUGAUGGUGUAACAUCAACUACAACAUUAAAUCCUGUGCCAAUAUUCGAUUGGCCACGCAUGCAGCCAUUUCAACAUUAGCACCUGCUAUUACCAGAGCCCUGACAUUACCCGAUAAGUGCAUGUCCGUAAAUGCUCAUAUAUAAGACUUUCUCGAAAUAUCAAUUCAUUGAAAGCGUUGUAUCAUAGGAAUAAGCAGAAUUAUACAUAUAAAUAUAGAAUUAAAAGUUAAAAAAAAAUAUGAUUGCAAUAUAGCUCAUGAUCAAAAACAAUGUCACAAAUAUUCGUUCAGUCUUGUAUGUUCGCCCAAUAGAUCAAAUUAAGAGUACGUUAAGUUAUGUAAGGUAUUCAUUAACUUAAUUGUAAGUCUAGUCGUUAGUAUAUUUAUACAUGCUCACAUUUUAUUCUAUUUUCUUAUAUCUGCACAAUAGUUAUGUGCUUAAAAGUUAUGUAUGUUAUAAUCCAGUAUUUUAUUCAACACAUUUCCGAGCGAAAGAUAGUUUCUUUUGUAUUCGACUAAAUUAAUUCAACUCUUUUUUACUUUGAUUAACAAUUGAAUUUCAUUUAAGUUUAACACCUAAAUUUUUGCUCACUCAGAAAUUUCCUUUACUAAUUUAAUGUGAGUAAUUUUAUUUAAAUUAUAUUGAAUGAUUUACAAAUUAUUUUGGGAUACUUUGUUUUUGGGCAAAUCUUCAUUGGAAUGGUUUGUUUUGACUUUCGAAUUUUCGUUCACUUCCACAAAAUCAAAGUGCCUUAAAAGAUUUUAUAACAAAUCGAAAUAUUUUAAAAUGUAACUAAGUAUUUUUUAACAACAACAAAAAUAAAAAAUAUGUUAAAGUCACAUUUGUUGUA